AGACACGACUGGCACAACGAGGCUAAGAGAUUGCGACCCCCGAGGCGUCCCUCUCAGCUAGCCCUGGCAUCUGCAGCAUCUAGCGGCGGCGCCGUCGCGUUCGUGUCGUCGUCGUCCUUGUAAACCAGCGAGCGCGGCGGCAAAGGCAACAAGUGGCGGCGGGGCGGGGGAGGGAGGAGAGCUGGGAUGGCGAGAGGAGGAGGAGGAGAGGAGGCGGAGGAGGAGAGGGAGGUGAGCGAGGCGCUGACGGCGGACUCGUCGUCGGCCGACGAGGAGUGCCGCCGCGGGAGCAGCAGCUCCAGCGCCAGCUCCGGGGACGCGUCCAGCGAGUCCUACUGCCCGCCCGACGAGUGGCAGAAGGUGGCCAUCAAGACCUGCGUGUCGUCCGACCUCGUCGUCGUCUCGGCCGAGCCCCCGGCCAAGGAGAAGCCCUCGUCGCGCAUCGACGCCGCCGCGGCGGACAAGCACCACAGGCCCUCAGAGAUGGAGAUGAUGAAGGAGAGGUUCGCGAAGCUGCUGCUCGGCGAGGACAUGUCCGGCGGCGGCAAGGGCGUCUGCACCGCGCUCGCCAUCUCCAACGCCAUCACCAACCUCUGCGCGACGAUAUUUGGGCAGCUGUGGAGGCUGGAGCCGCUGCUGCCGGAGAAGAAGACGAUGUGGCGGCGCGAGAUGGACUGGCUGCUCUGCGUCAGUGACCACAUCGUCGAGCUAGUGCCCACAUGGCAGACAUUCCCCGACGGCAGUAAGCUCGAGAUAAUGACAAGCAGGCCACGGUCUGAUCUAUACAUCAAUCUGCCGGCACUACGAAAGCUAGACCAUAUGCUCCUCGAAAUCCUGGAGAGCUUCAGGGACCCAGAGUUCUGGUACGUCGACCAGGGGAUCUGCCCGCCGGACCGCGAAGGCAGCACCCCUUUCAAGCUAACGUUCCAGCGCCGCGACGAGAAGUGGUGGCUGCCCGUGCCCCGCGUCCCUCCCGGCGGCGUCUGCGAGACCACGAGGAGGCAGCUCGAGCACAAGCGCGACUGCGCCAGCCAGAUCCUCAAGGCCGCCAUGGCCAUCAACAGCAACGCCCUCGCCGAAAUGGACGUCCCCGACUCGUACCUCGAUUCAUUGCCAAAGAACGGGCGCGCGACGCUGGGCGACAUCAUAUACAGGUACAUCACGUCGGAUCAGUUCUCGCCGGACUGCCUCCUCGACUGCCUCGACCUGUCGUCGGAGUACCAGGCGCUGGAGAUCGCGAACCGCGUGGAGGCCUCCAUCUACGUGUGGCGCCGGAGGGGCGCCUCCGGCGCGGCAAGCCGUGCCGGCAACAAGUCGUCGUGGGGCAUCGUGAAGGACAUGAUCAUGGACACGGAGAAGAGAGACGACCUCCUCGCCGAGCGCGCCGAGGGCCUCCUGAUGUGCCUCAAGCAGAGGUUCCCUGGGCUGACGCAGACCAGCCUGGACACGAGCAAGAUUCAGUACAACAAGGAUGUGGGGAAAUCGAUUCUGGAGAGCUACUCGAGGGUUCUGGAGAGCCUGGCCUCGAACAUCAUCGCGCGGAUCGACGACCUUCUCUACGUCGACGAGCGGAGCAGGCAGGCGGAGCAGCUCCCCACCGGCCCCGGCAGCGGCAAGAUCUCUUGCAUGCCCAUGGCGCCGGCGGUGCCAGCGUACCCGGUGAUGCCCACCUCGGGCACGCCACCGUACGCGACGGCGUACGCCACGCCGAGCUUCUCGCCGGCGCAGCUGUCGAGCCCGUCCAAGAUCGGGAGGGCGCUGCUGGUCGACAGGCGGUCGCACGACGGCGGCAGCAUGGAGUUCAUGGGGAUGGCGGUUAGCAACGCCGUGUUCGACCUCCCGGGGCUGUGAAAUCGAUCGAUCGAGACCGGAGUACGAGGCUGCACCGAGCGCCUGUCUCUAGUGCUUACCACCACUACUACCUUGUUAGUUGUUACCUCGCCUCGCCUGUGUGUAGAGUAUAGUAGUUCUAUGGCGUGAUUUCUUCUCGCUUGUCCGGAGGGCGGUUUGUUUUGCCGUUUGGCCGCCCUCGGUUUGUAAUAUGUGUUUUGCCAGUGCCUUGUUUGACCGGUAGUGCUGUAAGAGUGCUUAAAUUCGAUGUUAGUCGGAUGAUAAAAUAGAAUCACCGCCUUUUGUGCUGUCAGCAGAGUUCUUGGCUGGUCCUGACUCGAUCAGUUUUUCAGAUUGUCUGGAACCAAAAUCUAUAAUC